AUUAUCCACAACAAACAUUUUACCUAUACAUUGCGUUUGCUUGUCAAUUGCUCCUUCCCAAAUUCAACAACAAUGCUUGCUGCACCAAGACCACCAGCCCUGACAGUGGGACGUUUCAAAUUCCAAAAGCCAUCUGGUAAUGUUAAUGUUGUACAGAGAAACGUUGGAAGUAGUAAUUGCAAAAGGGUUGUGGUUGCAACCAAAGCUGCAUACACUCGUAUGCCUAUGGACACUCCUGGGGCUUACCAGCUCAUAGAUGAAGACACUGGAGAAAAAUUUAUUGUUUGGGGAGGUACUGAAGAUGACACUUCUAACUCUCCUAUCCCUUCCAGCGAAGUUCUGUCUUGGAAACCUCUCCCUUCUCCUAACAACAACAACAACGACAGUACUAUCAAUCAAGCUUCUAAUAGGGGAUCGACAGGGAACUUUGGCAGACUGAAAUUCGGAAGAAUGAGAGAUCUAGUUAGAAAAAGCUACACAAAAAACAAAGAACGUGAUGUUAUUGAUCACGAUGAACACAAUGUUAGAAAUGCCUCUUCUCAAUCAUCAGUAAGUUCAUAUAGUGAACCUGAUCAGUUGAAAGAGAAACAAACGCUCAGUGCUCGAGCUCUUGCCAAAAUUCAACAGCUAGAAUCCAGAAAAAAAUCCCAAAAAAUAAUCAGAAUGGAAGAUGAAGGCUGUGGCAGUGAUUUUGAUCCAGAAUCUGCACGAGUAGUUGAUCCUGGAUCGAAAGCUUCUGCUUCUUCCUUGCGUGGAUGGGGUGGUGGGCGAUCAAUUCAUCACAGACCUAUGGGGGAAGAAAUUUCCAGAGGAAGGCAAAACUUGGAUGAUCGGAACAAUUUCUUCAGUAGAAAAUCCUUUCAGGAUAUGGGAUGCAGUGACUAUAUGAUAGAAGCCUUAAGGAAUCAGCAUUUUGUGCGCCCUUCACAUAUUCAGUCUAUGACAUUUGGACCCAUCAUGGCUGGAAAGAGCUGCAUAAUAUCUGAUCAAAGUGGAUCUGGAAAGACUUUGGCUUAUCUACUACCGCUUAUUCAACGUCUUAGGCAAGAAGAACUUCAAGGACUUAGCAAACCGUCAUCUCAAAGUCCCCGUGUUGUAAUAUUGGCCCCAACAGCUGAAUUGGCUUCUCAGGUUUUAAAUACUUGCCGUUCAUUUUCAAAAUCUGGUGUUCCAUUCCGUUCUAUGGUUGUUACCGGUGGUUUUCGCCAGAGAACUCAACUGGAGAACCUAAGACAGGAGUUAGAUGUUCUUAUUGCAACUCCUGGUCGGUUUAUGUUUCUUAUCAAAGAGGGUUACUUGCAGUUAACUAACCUCAAGUGUGCUGUGCUGGAUGAGGUUGACAUCCUCUUUAAUGAUGCGGAUUUUGAGACUGCAUUUCAGUGCUUGAUUAAUUCAUCACCUAUCAUCACACAAUAUCUAUUUGUGACUGCGACUUUGCCCAUGGAUAUAUACAACAAGUUGGUAGAAAGUUUUCCUGAUUGCGAACUAGUGACAGGUCCUGGUAUGCACCGUACAAGCCCUGGCUUGGAAGAGGUCCUUGUAGAUUGCAGUGGAGAUGAAACAGCUGAAAAAAGUCCGGACACAGCUUUUCUCAACAAAAGGAAUGCCCUACUUCAGCUGGUGGAGGGUAGCCCAGUUCCAAAAACAAUUGUCUUCUGUAACAAGAUUGAUAGCUGCAGAAAAGUUGAGAAUGCAUUGAAGCGCUUUGAUAGGAAAGGAUUCUCCAUAAAAAUUUUACCGUUCCAUGCUGCACUGGACCAAGAAAGCAGACUUGCGAACAUGAAGGAGUUUCGUAGCUCAAAGGUGGAGAACAUUUCUUUGUUCUUGGUGUGCACUGAUAGAGCAUCCCGAGGUAUUGACUUUGAAGGUGUAGACCACGUAGUCCUCUUUGAUUAUCCUCGAGACCCUAGUGAAUAUGUACGUCGUGUUGGCAGAACUGCCAGGGGUGCUGGAGGAAAAGGAAAGGCAUUCAUAUUUGCCGUUGGGAAGCAAGUUUCUCUUGCUCGAAGGAUAAUGGAAAGAAACAGUAAAGGCCAUCCACUCCAUGAUGUGCCAUCAAUAUUGACUUAGCAUAUUGACCAAAGGAGCAUGGAACCUGGAAAACAAGACAGAACUCAAAAAGGCUUUUAUUUUGCAUAACCUUAUCGUCAUCUGCUAUUAUGUGCCUCCCCUUUAUUGAACACACCUAUUUCCUCUCAUACCUGGAUCGCAAAUGAGGAGAACUGAUCGUCCUUUCUGUUGUCAAAGAUCAAUCUUGUUCUAGCUCUAUCCUUUUUUGGGGUUGAAAAAGACUAAUUUUUAUUAAUACUAGAACAAUUAAUUACAUAGCUUGAUUCGUCUAGGAUAUCUUGUACCUGGAAAAUUAUUUUCAAAUGAAGACAGAAAAACUAGGGGGUACAUUAUAUAAUAUCAAGUUCUCAAAAGCA